UCAAAUGCGCAGGUGAGCGAACGUACCCGAACGUCGCUCAAUUUGUUCAACCGUAUUCGGCGAUCGCAGCCAAGAACGGUUUUCAACCCAGUCAACAUUGCGUAUACGCAGCGUGCACCGUGACCUUAAAACCAAGCCAAAGCCGAUAAAAACCGAACAAUCGCAAUAAAGCGAGGAAAAAAGAAUAAAAAGCAAGGCAAAAAAGCGCAACAGUUGACGCCAACACAAACAGAGAGAUACGAAUACGUGUUCCAGCUCAAAAUAAGCUAAAACAAAAAUAAAAUUAAAAAUAAGAUAAACAUUAUAUACACUUGGCGGGCGGUGACAAAAAACCAAAAGUAAAUAGCUGCUCGUAAAUAUUUAAUUUAACUGGAGCGGCGGGGGAAACCCAAAAAACAGAGAACCAAAAAUUUGCUCAGAGAACCCACGAUAAUGACACUGUGCAAGUGAAGUGAAAACCCUCAAACGAAGAGACCUAGGAAAACUCGGAGAAAGAGCGUACUUGGCACAAAGAUAAGGCUUAUCUGGAGAGGAUCGGUCCCCUCCGACCAGCCAAAAUGGCCGACGAAGAUCUCAGCCCACUGCCCUUCCGGCGGGAGCGCAAUCUCAGCAACCGCAACUUCGCCAAGAGAAACUCACGCCGCCGGAUCAGUCAGCAGGCGGCGGAGCAGGAGCGGCAUAGCAGCUCGCCGCUCGUCAGUAGCAAUCCGGAGUCCAACGACGCCGCACGGAUCGAUAGCCCCCUGAGCAGCUCCAGCUCCAGUUCGUUUCAGCUCUCGAUUUCCGUGAAUUCCGAUACGGAGAGCGCCUUCCACCGCCGCUCGCUACUCAAAAUGCACGCGGCGGAAAGUGGAGGCGGGGGAGUGGAAGUCCCUCCGGAGUCGCCCAUGUCGCCGCAAACCCCGGAUCCCGCCCUCCUGGAUGUCCGGCAGAAGGUGCACCGCUUCGAGACUCUGAAGACAAACAUUAGCUUUUUGAAGCAGGAGCGGCACAGCCUUAAGUUGCUCGAGAAUCGUCGUCAUCCCUCUUUUGAGAAUUACGCCGGAGAUCAUGGCACGCCGCCGGCCACGCCCCCGCGUCGCAUACGCCUCCUGGGACUGGGCAGCAGUCGCAGCAGCUCCAUACCCAGUAUUCAAGGUCGGGAGAGCAUUCACGAGGUGCGAUCCGAGGACGAAGUGGAUCAGAUAUCGGACUUUGAAACGGAUUCACAGGCAGCCACCGAGGAGUAUGUGAUUUCGGACACCAUCUCGGAGGUGAUCCUGCCAGUCAGUCGGGAGGUCGGGGAGGAGUCGCCAAACAACCAGCAGACCCAGGUGCAGCGUUCCAUUAGCGCGGAUCAGUCCAAGGGACAGCCCACAUUGCCGCUAAAAAUGCGCAACGAUUUCCCCAGAAACUAUCGCUCUACGCCGAGACGAAAGACUGAAAUCAUUGGCACCACCAACGAGCAUGUGGUGGGCAAGUUUCACUCAGUCUAUCAGCCAAAAGAGGAAGAGGAGGAAGUGGAAAUUGAGCUGCGCGACAAAAGCGACAAGUGCGUGCAUCCCAUUCUGGAGGAGCUGAUCAAGACGGAGGAGGCCUAUGUGAAUAACCUGUUUAUGGGCAUCGAGAACUAUGGAAACAUCUUCCAGCGCAAGGAUCUGCCACUGGGACUUCGUGGCAAGAAGUACGAUCUGUUUGGCAACAUCGAGCAGAUUGCAGAGUUCCAUCGGGACGAGUUCCUGCCCAUGCUGCAUCGCAACCGUCGAGAUCUGAAGUGUUUGUUCGAUGAGUUUCUGCAGUUCCUAGAUCAAAACUGCUUUUACGGAUAUGUUAUCUUCACCAUGAACAAGCAAAAAUCCCUCAAACUGUGCGAUCUCUACAAAAACUACUUCACUAGCAUUCGCCUGGAACGCGAUGAUAAGUUGGGCAUCAAUAGCUUUUUGGUUCAACCCAUCCAACGCAUGGCUCGUUAUCCUUUGCUCCUGACGCAGUUCAUCAAUACCUUCUUCAAGAACCGUGAUAUAGUGAUGAAGCCACUUAUUGAGUCCUGCUGUCGUUUGGAGAAGCGCCUGCGUUUCCUGCUGACCACGACAAAUGAAUCGGAGAUCAUCAAUGACAUAGUGGACUGUCAUGAGUUCAACGUCUACUAUCAGGGCAAAUUCCGCAAGGUGAACGAGUUCCUGGUGCUCGAUCACAAGCUUAAGCGCAGCUACCGGAGCAAGGUUUUCAUUUUCGACAAGUGCAUCAUCUACACGGAGAUCAAGGGCAAGAAUCUAAUCUUCCAUGGACGUUAUCCUUGCGAGCACAUUGGCAUCUCGGCCAAAACCAAGUCAUUUACGCUCUACUACGAGCGGAGGAAGCAGCAGGAAUGUGAAUUCACCGCGGAUCCGGCGCAAAUUGCCGCCUGGCUAGACUUAAUCCGGGAUAUGAUCAAUAACUUUGCGAACGAGGAGCGCCAGAAGCUGCAGGAGCGCUAUUCCCGAGAGAACGACCACUUGCAUCGCAAGGCCCCCAGUUUUUCGCUGUAUCGCGACUCGAAUCGCUUCAGUUCAGACAGUGGCAUCGGUAACAUCUGGAUAAUGCCUAAGCCAGACGAAGAGACAAUCAGCAACAGGACUACUUGGUAUGCGGCCUCGUAACGCAAAAAAUAUCAAGACAAGGAGAGGAUCUUCUUCAGGUUAUGGGAAAUGGGCAAAUGGGAACCUAAUCCCUUGUCCAAGGCGGCCAAUAUUUGAGGGCCACUAGCCAAUUCAAAUUCCUGCUCACCAAAAUGUGGAAAAAGGAGAUUGCAAGCCAAAAUCAUUCGAUUUGAAUGCUAAAUAACCAAAUAUUGAAUUAUAAGUUUAGUUGGUUAGUCAAGUUGUGUAUAUAUUCCUGUAUUAUUGUUGUCACAAAUUGCAAUUCGUUUAAAGUUCUCUUGUGCCUAGCUUGUUAAGCUUACUUAGUUUUGUGUAAAUAUUGACUAAAGAUAAUGUUAAAAAAA